AUGGAGCUGGUUGGCUCUCCCUUGACAGCCACAUUCGCCCACCCGAGGUCCACAGCCAGCAGGUUCCUGCCUGCCAUCAGCACCAUGGCCUCCAGCUACAGGAACAGGAUUCCUUACUACCCCCUGCCUCACAGCUUCAGCCUGCCCUGGAUCCCCAACGCCUACUAUAAGGCAGCUGCCAUCAACCCAACCUUGGCUCCCCUGGCCAAAAGCUGCGAGGGGCUGACCCCCAGGCAGAGCCUCCCUUACCUUUCCAACAGGACCACCCUCUUCAGCCGCUACACCCCCGACGAUUGGUACAGCUCCAACCUCACCAACUACAAGGAGUCGGAGACCUCCCGGCGCAACGCCGAGCGGCUGAGGGUCGACACCGCCCGCAUGAUCCAGGACAAGCACCUGCAGACCACCAAAACCCAAGGGGAGAGCACCAAGGACCUGGGAGCACGUGUCAACGAGAUAGAGUUCUGGAAGUCAGAGCUCCUCCACGAGCUGGAUGAGAUGAUCGGGGAGACCAACGCGCUCACGGGCGUCAAGAGACGGCUGGAGAGGGCCUUGGCCGAGAUGGAGGCACCUCUCCAGGUCGCUGAGGAGUGCUUGCUCCACCGGGAGAAGAGGAUGGGCAUUGACCUGGUCCAUGAUGAUGUGGAGAAAGAGCUCUUGACAGAAGUCGAUGUCAUCAAGUCCUGCCAGGAGAGGAUGCAGCGGUUCCUGGAGAGGGUGAAGGCUCAGCUGGCGUCCAACAGGGCAGCCCAGCACGAGCUGGAGAGGGACCUGGCCAACAAGCAGAGGGCUCACCACAUUGAUGACAAGUGCCACCACCUGAGGAACACCUCCGAAGGCAUCAGCUACUACCGAGGGGUGGAGCGGGUCGAUGCCACGAUCUCAGUGCCAGAGUCGUGGGCCAAGUUCACAGAUGACAACCUCCUGCUGGCCCAGAGCGAGCGGGCAGCCUCGGCCAAGCUGCGGGAGAAGGUGGAGAACCUGCUGGUGGUGACGGCCAACGAGACCUGGCGGCAGUUCAACGCCACCAACGUGGCCUUCACCGACCGCAGCGCCCAGACAGCUGAUGCCAAGAACAAGAUCCAGAUGCACCUGGCCAAGACGCUGCAGGAAAUCUUCCAGCUGGAGAUGAACAUAGAAGCCAUCCGCAAGGCCAUCAGGGACAAAGGCCCUCCCCUGAAGGUGGCUCAGAGCCGGCUGGAUGAGCGCACACGGAGACCGCAGGUGGAGCUGUGCCGCGACCCUGCCCAGAUCCGACUUGUCAACGAGGUCCUUGAAAUUGAUGAGACAAUCCAGACCCUUCAGCAGCGGCUGAGAGAUGCUGAGGACACCCUGCAGAUGCUGGUUCACUCCAAGUCAGUCUUGGAGCAGGACUUGGCCAUCAAAGCCAACUCCCUCUUCAUCGACCAGGAGAAGUGCAUGGGGAUGCGGAAGAGCUUCCCCAGCACGGUGAGGCUGCUGGGCUACCUUUAG